GCCGAACGUAGAGCCCGUGCUCUCGCAGCAUCGAGAGAAGCAGCAAACCUUGCAGAUAGGGAGCAGGCUGCCGCAGCAGCCACGACAACAGUAAUGGCUACCAUAGCAGCAACCUCUGCUGCAACUUCGGCUGCGUCCUCGUAAGGAACCUAGUUGGGAAUGCCAACGGGGUCCCCGGGUAUCUCCACUUCACUAGGGUCUAGGUCGUCUACAAGUCAAAUGACGGGCGUGGAGGUCAGCCCGUUGACUCCUCGCGAGAGGGAGCUCAGGGAGCUUCAACAAGUCGAAAGGAUCCGUGAAAGAUUAGAGAGGGAACUGAAACAGGCUACCGACAGAGAAAAGGAGAUAAAAAAUAGAACAGCCAGGCUUGAUACUCUAGAGACUGACAAGGCUGAGUUGGAGGGCUUGGACGAUUCAGGAAUGAAUGAGCCCAUGAAGGUGUUGAGGAAUAACAUGUUGUCACUGCAUGCGCAUGUAGACAGCAGGUUGGACUUCAUGCAGAACACUUUAGACCAGAUCUUGGACGCUUUGACAAGGCCAGGAUUCCGACCACCAGCACAAUCGCCGUUGCCGUUAACAGCGAUGUCAGGUCCCUUUCCUGUACAAGCUGGCACACAUCCAAGUGGAUUGAGUGUUUCCAUUAAUUUCAUGGACACCCUGGUGACCAGCAAGAGUGGUAAGAGGGACAUUUUCGUCAUCAUUGAUAGAUUCACCAAGUACGCUAGACUAAUACCAAUGCCAGAGAGAGCCAGGACAGAAUAUGUCAUCAAGUUGUUCAAGGACAACUGGGUAAGGGACUUUGGUUUACCAAAGACCAUCAUUAGUGACCGAGACGUCCGCUUCACAAGUGAACUGUGGAAGAGGACUGCAGAACAGAUGGGCAGUCAACUCCAAAUGACUUCAGGGAAUCAUCCCGAAGCCAACGGACAAGCCGAACAAAUGAACAGAGUGGUACAGCACUUGCUGUGGCAUUACAUCAAGCCCAACCAAGAUGAUUGGGAUGAGCAGUUGCCUCUCAUCGCCAGCUUGUACAACAAUGCUAUUCAUAGUAGUACCGGCGUUAGUCCUAACCAGUUGCACUUGGGAUGGAAGCCUAAAUCAGCACUAGACUUCCUCCUACCUGAAAACCAACCUGCUGCAACUCCAAGCACACUUGAAUACGGUGUGCAAUAUGAGAAGUUGUUGCGCGAGGCUGUUGAACGUAUGAAGAAAGCUCAGCAAGCCAUGAUUGCUUCUGAGAAUCAACAUCGCAGACAGUCCACAUUUCAGGUGGGGGAACGUGUCUGGGUCAAGGCUAGUGAGUUAGGACAGGAGUUCGGAAUAUCUCGUAAACUAAUGCCUCAAUACUUUGGUCCCUGGGAAGUCUUGGAUGUAGUGGGAGAUGAAAUGGAUGGUCCUACGUACGUCAUUCGUGUCCCUGGUCAUCUACGCACUCACCCAGUUUUUCAUGCCUCAAAGCUUGCACCUUKCGCUGAGACAGAUCAAUUCCCUUUCAGGAGAUCGAUGCUGCCCCCAACCAUGGAUGGUCAAGUUGACAUCGACGACAUUGUGGAUCACAGGGACAUGCCUGUUCCAAAGCUGCUGGGCCGAGGAAGACCUCCCAAGCCCAARAGAGAGUACCGCGUCAGAUUCAGGCAUCACACGGAUCCAAAAGAAGAUCGUUGGUUUACCAGGGAGGAACUGAUUGACACAGCUCCUCAGGUGGUGGCAGACUAUGAGAAGAAACUAAAAGGGAAGGCGCCUGCGAAGUUUGGACUCCUUACGGUUCAGAAUCUGCUUCCGGUUACUGCUCCUUCCAAUUCUGGGUCUGCCUCUGGCGCUGUUCUGGCUUUGAUUUUGGGUCUGGUUCUGGUUUUGAUUUUUAGUUCUUUCCAGUUCUGGUUCUGGUUCAACAAGAGGCUUCUAGUUCUCGUUACGGUUUCGGUUGCUACUUGUUCUGGUUCUGGCUCUGGCUCUGGUUCUGGUUCUGGUUCUGGCUCUGGCUCUGGCUCUGGCUCUGGCUCUGGUUCUGCUCUGGCUCUGGCUCUGGCUCUGGUUCUGGUUCUGCUUCUGGUUCUGCUCUGAGUGAGUAUCAUGCCAGUGAAGUAUUGGUGGUGGUGCGCCGAGUGGUGCGGCGCUAAGGCUUUGGAAGGACUAGAACAGCUGGUCUUGACUGC